AUGGCUUGCGUGCGGAAGGUUCUCCACGCAGUUCUCAUUCUGUCAUGGUUCCUGUCUGUUGCGACAACGCUUUCUGGCAACUGCCAUGUUGACCUUCCGUACACGCAUCUCCGGGCCUCGGAGACGGGCACUUGCCACGCAACUUUGGAGUCUGUCCGUAUGACCCUGACAACACACGCAGUCUAUGCCCAUGUCAAGUCGAACUACACGUACGUCAACUCCCUGAAAGAUCCGCUAGACAUGCCGCAGCUUGUCUUGCCUUUGCCAAAGACCGCUGUUCUUCAAGGCUUUGCAGUGGAGGGACAUGACUUAGCAGGCGACCUGGUACUGAAGUCGGACGCUGUGCUGCCCGCAAAGUGCCCAAGCAGAGACAGUUUCAGCUUCUACCAGGCAAGCCUCCAAGGCCCCAGCUAUCGGGUGCCCUUGCCAUCGAGUGUGGAAGCUGGUGCAAAGGUUGUGCUGCAUCUCGACUAUGUCAUGCAGCUUGAGACCAGGCAAAGACCUGGCUUCGGCCACAUCUUUGCCUUGCACAUCGCUCUGCCGGGAAGCAGCAAGGACACGCGGCCUUCAUCAGGCUCCAGUUCCUCUGCUUCGGGUCUCCAAUCUCCCAUCUCCAUCGAGGUGAUACAGGAGGGCCUGGAGUUGGAGGUUUCCACUGCCACAUCCAGUGUGGUAGUGGACCGAAGGUGUCCGCAGGUUUUGACGAGCUCAAGCUGUCCUUACGUGGUGCAGUCGUCUGUGUUGCAAGAUGUGGUGCUGGAGCUUGCCAUGCCAAAACCACUUCUGCACAGUCCGGCGAGUCCUUUCCUGACCAUGCAGAGACAUCCGACGACUGGCCAGGUCGCUGCGGCCAUAUGGCUGCCUCCCAAUCUGGGUGUUGCUGGCACCUCGCAGUUCGAGAUUUUUGUGGCGGUGGACACGUCUGUGACAAUGCGGGGGCCGCGGCUUGGCCGAGUCCUACGGGCGCUUCGAUCUUUGCUUCGCAGCCUGCCGCACGGCAUACGGCUGAACAUGGUGGGGCAUGAUGCCAACAAGCCAUCGGAGCCCAUCUUUGAGACGAGCCGAGAACUAGAUGAAAGAACCUUCCAAGAGGUUGAUGAGUACCUGGCACGGGAACCUACAGACACGUCCACCUCGGCAGUGCAAACGGCUGAAGCUGUGCUUGGUGCAGUCUUCGAAUGCUCGCGCCCGGAGUUUGCGCAGCUCCGGGUCCUCCUCAUAACAGACAGACACCCUCCAGAUCCCAAAAGGGCAACCCAGCUGGUGGAGGAGAACUGCUUCAUGGACUGCCGGCUUUUCUCCACGGGCCUUGGUUGGAGCGCUUCGCCGAUGUUUGUGGAGGAUGCCGCUAAGGAGACUUGA